AUGGUGGGUGGCACGAAAACGAAGUGUGCGAUGAAGAAGAUAGUGAAGAAAGGUUCGCGAGCGGUUGCUUUUUCGAAACGCCGUAAGGGUCUUUACAGCAAAGCAUCGGAGCUUUGUCUUCUGUCCUCCGGGGCACAAGUUGCGAUCUUAGCAACGCCGGUUUCUUCCAAUUCAAACGCUUCCUUCUACAGCUUUGGUCACUCGUCGGUCGACAGCGUCGUCUCGGCUUUCCUCGCGAAUCAGCGUCCUCGGGAGAAUCCGAAUCUAUGGUGGGAAGACGAGAGUCUUGCCGAAUCGGAGAGUACGAAAGAGUUGACCGACGCCAUCGACGCGAUUUCGAGUAUGUUGGAAGAUCUGGAAAACCAUCAAGCGCUUCACAGAGACCAAACCCUAGUUCUUCCAUCGGAGCCUGAUCGCGAAAUCCUAACUUCUCCAAUGGCUGAUGAUAUCGUUGGCUUGGAUCAAGAGAUUGAUCAAUUCAUAGAUUUCGAGACGGCUUUCGAUGAUUGGCUUUUGGAGACAGGAUCAAGUUAA